CUUCCUGCGACUUCGUUAUGCCCGUGAUACUAGCUUGCAAUGACAACGUCGAAUUUUAUCUCCAUCUUGGAGCUGAAAACCCUAUGCGAAUACGGACCUUGGGGAUCACUGUUCUAUCUACGGGCUGAGAUGCCGGCACAAAAGAUGGCAGCAACAGCGGCAAAUCACCACUGAAGGCAGACGCAGUCAAGCAUGAGUGCUUCAUGUCCGAUAUUUGAUUGCUGUUACGUCCGCAGCUCGUAUCUACGGUCAACUGAUGUCUGUUAACAAGGUCAUGAGCAUGCGGGCUUACCAAUCUGCUUGACAAAAUGGUUCUCACCACAGACACUAGAAAAAAAAUCCCUCGAGGAGUGGAAAUCAUCCUCUGAGAUCCAGUCAAUCCAACGAUUGCCAAAAUGGGUUUACCAGACCGGGAUCGUCUCCUCUGCCAGCAGGCAUGGAAACGAUGCCGGGGCUCCUUGGAGAAGCGUGGCUGGGUCAAGCCCGCUGAGAUUGAGGAGGACGAACUGAAGAAACAGCAUCAAGACCCCGUGGCUCCCACGCCUCUGCAAUCGACCAUCCCGGCAGUUCUCAAGAAGCUCGAACGAGCCUACGAAGCUCCAGCCCACAUCACAGCAAAUGACCACCCAGACGACUGGGAACCUUCCAACCGGGACUCCGGCGGAAGCUGGGAUCCUACCUCCGUCACAAGCUACCAUGCCGUGUCCCGGGCACAUCCAGAGCCUUCGGCCCCUCCCAACACUGGAGCAUUCAACUCCGCUCCAACCAGCUGGCUGUCCACCGGCUCCUCCGUGCCCGGCCUUGACUCCGCUACUACGGCUCCUCAAGGAGCCGCCUACCACGGUCGGGGCAGUUCCUUCCAUAGCCAUGACAAACGAGCCUCCGUCAUUAGUGCAUUUCCCUUGGAAAGGACUGUGAUCCUGGAGCACUUGAGCGAGGAUAACAACGACGACGAGAACGACAACGGCACCAAUCCUUAUCCAAUGUCAGCCUACGUCAAGACCAAGAUGACCGACGGCAACUACAACCACGCUGCCAGAAGAAACGCGAUAGAUCACGGACAAGGUACCGGCACCGGUAUCUGGCUUGAGGUUUCUGGCAGCGGAGGAGCAGCAGAAGGUCCUGAGGGGCCCGUCGAUGACAGCGGCUCCGCAUCACCGCCGCCGCCGGAGGCUGUGCCCAAGGCGAAAGAAAUAUUCCCGCUCCUUUCGGUCCCGUCACAGGCCGUUAGUACUUCGAGCCUCAGCCCCAGUCCUGAUCCAAGUGCUCGAGAGGUUGCAUCCGUUGUGUAAGUUGCAUAUACCUUAGCUCCCGUCUGCUCCGUCUCGGCGAUGUCUGCUUUCCACUUGGCUGCUUCUUCGAUGGGAUGAGAUGUGAUGGCUAACCGCUUUGUUGCGUUGACAGAAACGGAAACGGAGCAACGUAACACACCAAGUGGCAUCGUGGGACUCUUGGCCUUUGGUCCCCUAUUCUUUCGGUCCCACCAGACUCCCCGUCCGACUAAAUGGUACACAGCACACGCAAGAAAAGAGAGGGGCACUUGGAUCGGGGAGAGAGAAUCGUUUGAAUGGUGGCCGCGGCGAAAACGAGAUACGCGGACUACCUGUUCUGGCAGAACACGCAAUACGAAAGAGAACGGACAGGUUGGCCUCUCUCUCUGUGUCGGACGGAACCAAGAUAACUGUUUGUAAUUAGAGUACCUACAUUGACUUCCUCUUCACUCUUAUGUAGACGGAAGAAAAUAGACGCCAGGCACUUGCAAAG